UCUUCAGUUUAUUAUGACAUACAAGCGAAAAAAAUACCACCAUGGUGAUACUCAUUUGAAAAAGCGGUGGAGACUGAGAAAUCGGAAGAAGGAUCUUGAUCAGAUAGACGUCGAUUUAAAAGAAGAGAAUGCCGAUAAAUUAUUGAACCAAGAAGUAGACCUAGAUGUGCCGGGUGCAGCACAAAACUAUUGUUUGCAUUGUGCCCGUUACUUUAUCGACCAGCAAGCUUUGAAUGAACAUUUCAAAACCAAGGUACACAAGAGACGACUAAAGGCUUUAGAAUUAGAGCCAUAUACUAUUGAAGAGUCAGAGAGAGCCGCUGGGCAUGGGAAUUUUAAAUUACCCAGCAAACGUAAAAUUGUAACACAAGGAAGCAAAACAGAUAUUGAUCAAGACGGGGACGUUGUUAUAGAAGAAGCUAGUCCAAAUAAGAAGCAAAAAUUCGACAACAAUGCUACGCAAACGCCCGUUGAAAGUAAUUAAACGUGCUGUGGACUGCA